AUGGUGAGGAAGAAGAGAACUGAUGGUCCAUCGGAAGCAGGUGAGGCUUCUGGUACCCGUGAAGCUGCUCCAGUCUCAGGUGGUGGUGGUCGUGGUUCUCAGCGUGGUGGUUUCCAGCAGGGAGGAGGUGGAGGAGGAGGAGGAUACCAACAAGGUGGGAGAGGUUAUAAUCCCCAGUCUCAGCAGGGAGGCCAGCAGGGAGGUCGUGGUGGUGGUGGUCGGGGAUAUGGGCAACCACCACAGCAGCAACACCAACAACAAUAUGGUGGACCGCAAGAGUACCAAGGAAGAGGAAGAGGAAGAGGAGGACCUCCUCAAGAAGGAGGUCGAGGAGGGUAUGGUGGUGGCCGUGGAGGUGGACCCUCUUCUGGUCCGCCGCAGAGACAAUCAGUUCCCGAGCUGCAUCAAGCUACUUCACCUACUAUUCAAGCGGUGUCUUCUCAGCCUACACCGACUGAGGUGAGUCCUACACAGAUGCCCGAGCCUUCUGUUCCGGUCAAGCAAUUCGAACAGCUCUCUCUUGAACAAGGAGCUCCCAGUCAGGCAAUCCAGCCUUUGCCUCAAUCUAGCAAAGCCUAUAGGUUUCCGAUGAGGCCUGGUAGAGGACAGACAGGCAAGCGGUGCAUUGUGAAGGCUAACCACUUCUUUGCGGAGUUGCCUGACAAGGAUUUGCACCAGUAUGAUGUUACCAUUACUCCGGAAGUUACAUCGAGGGGAGUUAACCGUGCUGUGAUGAAACAGUUGGUUGACUUGUAUCGUGAUUCACACCUUGGAAGGCGUCUUCCUGCGUAUGAUGGUCGGAAAAGUCUGUACACUGCAGGACCACUUCCUUUCAUCUCCAAGGAGUUCAGAAUCACACUCCUUGACGAGGAAGAAGGGGCUGGAGGACAAAGACGCGAGAGAGAAUUCAAAGUUGUGAUCAAGCUAGCUGCACGCGCUGAUCUACAUCACCUAGGAUUGUUUUUGGAAGGGAAACAAGCUGAUGCCCCGCAGGAGGCUCUGCAGGUUCUCGACAUUGUUCUUCGAGAGCUGCCUACCUCUAAGUAUACUCCUGUGGGCCGGUCCUUUUAUUCUCCUGAUAUAGGACGGAAGCAGUCGUUGGGGGAUGGGUUGGAGAGCUGGCGUGGAUUUUACCAAAGCAUACGUCCCACACAGAUGGGCUUAUCACUCAACAUAGAUAUGUCAUCGACAGCAUUCAUAGAGGCGCUUCCUGUGACGGAGUUUGUUUGUGAGUUGCUGAAUCGGGAUAUUAGAUCCCGGCCUCUAUCAGAUGCCGAUCGUGUUAAGAUCAAAAAGGCUCUGAGAGGUGUCAAGGUUGAAGUGACCCAUCGAGGAAAUAUGCGCCGAAAGUACCGCAUUUCUGGCUUGACCGCUGUGGCCACUCGAGAACUGACAUUCCCUGUAGAUGAAAGAAAUACCCAGAAGUCUGUCGUUGAAUACUUCUAUGAGACUUAUGGCUUUCGCAUUCAGCACACUCAGCUACCAUGCUUGCAAGUUGGGAAUUCUAACAGGCCAAAUUACUUACCAAUGGAGGUUUGCAAGAUUGUUGAAGGUCAGAGAUACUCAAAAAGGUUGAACGAGAGACAGAUCACUGCUUUGCUGAAGGUGACUUGUCAGCGCCCCCAAGAACGUGAGAAAGAUAUCUUGAAGACGGUACAGCUCAAUGAUUAUAGUAAGGAUCCCUAUGCUAAGGAGUUUGGGAUCAAGAUAAAUCCGACCCUUGCUACUGUUGAGGCUCGAAUUCUGCCUCCUCCAUGGCUUAAGUAUCAUGAUUCUGGAAGGGAAGGUACUUGUCUGCCACAAGUUGGUCAGUGGAAUAUGAUGAACAAGAAAAUGAUCAAUGGAGGAACGGUGAAUAACUGGUUCUGCAUCAACUUUUCGAGGCAAGUGCAGGACAACAUAGCACGUACUUUCUGUCAGGAACUUGCUCACAUGUGCCUCACAUCUGGCAUGGCAUUUAAUCCUGAACCAAUCCUCCCAGUAGUCAGUGCACGUCCUGAGCAAGUGGAGAAGGUUUUGAAAACCCGAUACCAUGAUGCCACGGCCAAGCUCCCUCAAGGAAAAGAGGUUGAUCUCCUAAUUGUCAUUCUGCCUGACAACAAUGGAUCAUUAUAUGGUGAUCUGAAGCGUAUCUGUGAGACCGAACUUGGUAUUGUUUCCCAGUGUUGCCUGAACAAGCAUGUAUUCAAGAUGAGCAAGCAGUACAUGGCUAAUGUUGCCUUGAAGAUUAAUGUCAAAGUUGGAGGAAGGAAUACAGUGCUUGUUGAUGCCUUAUCAAGGAGAAUUCCUCUAGUCAGUGAUCGACCCACCAUUAUCUUUGGUGCUGAUGUAACCCAUCCUCAUCCUGGAGAAGACUCAAGCCCGUCGAUUGCUGCUGUUGUCGCAUCCCAGGACUGGCCUGAAAUCACGAAAUAUGCUGGAUUGGUAUGCGCUCAAGCGCAUAGGCAGGAGCUCAUUCAAGAUCUGUUCAAAGAGUGGAAGGAUCCUCAGAAAGGAGUGGUGACUGGUGGCAUGAUAAAGGAGUUGCUGAUUGCAUUCCGUAGAUCAACUGGGCAUAAGCCAUUGAGGAUCAUAUUCUACAGGGAUGGAGUCAGCGAGGGACAAUUCUAUCAGGUGUUGCUAUAUGAGCUUGAUGCAAUCCGCAAGGCAUGUGCUUCGCUGGAAGCAGGUUAUCAGCCACCAGUGACGUUUGUAGUGGUGCAGAAGCGCCAUCACACGAGGCUGUUUGCUAACAACCACAAUGAUCGUCAUUCUGUUGAUAAAAGUGGAAAUAUUUUACCAGGUACUGUUGUGGAUUCCAAAAUCUGUCACCCGACAGAGUUCGACUUUUAUCUCUGUAGCCAUGCUGGUAUUCAGGGCACUUCUCGACCAGCUCAUUACCACGUUCUGUGGGAUGAGAACAACUUCACUGCAGAUGGACUCCAAUCUCUGACCAAUAACCUGUGUUACACGUAUGCGAGAUGCACUCGUUCAGUCUCCAUUGUGCCGCCUGCGUACUAUGCACAUCUAGCGGCGUUUAGGGCUAGGUUCUACAUGGAGCCAGAGACAUCAGACAGUGGCUCGAUGGCUAGUGGGAGCAUGGCACGUGGAGGAGGUGGUAUGGGUGGUAGAAACACACGUGGGCCUAACGUGAACGCUGCAGUGAGACCACUCCCAGCACUGAAAGAGAAUGUGAAGCGUGUCAUGUUCUACUGCUGA